CUCUACUUGGGGAAACCUUCCCGCUGCGUACAACCAGAACAGACUGACGGACAGAGCGCUCGUAAUCGCGGGAUACACAACUACAGCUGGCUCGCUUGUUGAAUUCUGUAUUGCCACAGAUUGUUCGUGUGCACUGCCUUGGGGGAAGCUACAACAGCACUGCACACGUCUACACUGGAUACAGUUACACGAGGUUUACGAAAUCAGUGUCGUGGACAAUAGGGUACCAGCUAUGAGUCUGUUAUUGUAUGUGACUUCGGUCACCACCAGCAGGGAUAUCGGUAAGAAACAGCAGAGGAUAAAAGAUGUCCUGGACAUCAAGCACAUUCCAUACACGGAAGUUGACCUGGCUCGGGAACCAGAGGAAAAGGACAAAAUGAGGGAAUUGUGCGGGCUUCCGACAGCGCUUCCGCCUCAGAUCUUCAAUGGGGACCAAUACUGCGGGGAUUACCAGGCGUUUGACGACGCCGUGGAAGAAGGGACAUUGAUGGAGUUUCUGAGGCUAAAAGCAUGAUUCAGUAUUACGGUAUGUUCAUGAAACACCUUGAGGACGAUUCCUGGUCUAGAAUAUACUACGGGUGGUAGAGCCAGUCAUUCGUGUUUGUACUCUGUUCAGUGGACCUUUGAUGUACCGUCAUGUGUAUAUCCUUGGAUGCGUUUUGUAACACUUUAUUCAAUCAGUAUGGUUCUUUGGUGCUAACAUAGGACCUUGCCUUCGUCACCAUGGAGAUGAAUAUGAAUGAAAACUGUUUUUUUGCCCGUGGAUGCUCAAAUAGACUACCUGGAUCCCAUGUCUUGAAACUUUAAACUUGAAUACUGCUACUUUCUACACAUAAACUUAAUGUUGCUUAUAACGUGAACGUGAUAUCAAACAGUAUACUCUAUUUGUUGACUCAUUUUCCAUGCCUAUUUUAGAAAGUAACAGCAUCCACGCUCACAGCGCUGGAUCCCGAGCAAAUUGUUCUUACGUUACUAUUUGACCAUAAAUUUGGUUUUAAGAAUUUAACUUAAUCGAAUAAACUGCGAAAAAUGUAGGGGAAAAUGAAUAGGGAUUUCGUGCAUCGAAUUCCUACUAAUUACAUUUUCAGAAAUAAAUUUGUCUAGGAUAUAACACCAAAAGACCAAAUUAUUUUCCAUGAAAGACAAAGCAUCAAUAAAUUUCUGACUUUCUGCUAUGGUGCUUUGACAAGUGAGACAAAUGCCUAUUUGUACAUAUACGGCUGUAAUUUCAUACUUGUAUUUUGUUCGUUGAAAGUUUUUGAAAUUGUCUUUACCUGCAUGCAUGUACUUGUCUACACCUGCAUGCAUGAAAUUGUCUAUACCUGUGUGCAUGGUCAUCAAAAGAUUUUAUAAAACUUGUCUCAAUGACAAGUAUUAUUCUUAUUAUCGAGGAUUACACUCUUGGAAGUAUAUCUAUGUAUAUAGCGAUUUUCAGGCUUAUACAUUCGUAAACAAAGAACUUCAUUUAAUGAUACUGGAUGAGCGUAAGAUACGUAUAUGUCUUGACAACGGAGUUCAACCGUCUUCUAUUCCAAUUAUGUGAUAUUAAUAUUGUAUUACAUUCAAUUUUUGUAGUGUGCUUAUUGGAAACUAGGUGACAUGACUAGAAACUUUGCUUUACGGUACCUCUAGAUUUAUGGUAGAUCAAGUACCAUGUUAAAAGAAUUAAAAGUAUUUUGUGGAGUACCCGUAUUACCUAUAUAUCUGUAUUCUUUGAUGAUAUUCAGCGUUUUAAUAAGAGGGUAAAAUUAAGUAUAUAUUUAAGUCUUUUCUAUAGCUACAUGAUACAUGCUCUGAGUUUUACAGGUAAAGGGUAUAUACCCUCUGAGGUGUCGUGCCAGAUACAAUUAGAAUAAUAUUGCUUAUUUACUACUAAACGAUUUUAUUUUAAUUAUAAAUGGUUCCGUCAGGAUUCAUAAAUUGUGUUGUAUUAAAUAUACCGGUAUUUGUAUCACGCUUUUGAAUCUCAAUACAAGUGACAGUUUGGUCU